GCUAAAGUCAUGUGAAGGGCUGACAAACUUUUAAAUCUAGAUGAAAUAAUGAUUUGACUAACUGGGUAAUAAAUACUGCAAUAAAAAACCCCUACAAUCAGAUAGAUGCAGUGCAUGAUACACAUUCUAAAGUAAAAUAUGAUCCUGGGCAUAUGCAGUAAAAUGUCAAGUGUACUAAUAAAGCAAGAAAAAAAUCUCUAUUUCUUCACUUUCCUUUGAAAAAAAGAGGUGAAAUAUGUAGUGUUCAUUUAUUUAAGACAGAGUGAUUGUAAUUCCUCUAUAUCAUUAGUUUAUAUUAGUAUGCACUGUAUAAACACACCCUUCCUAGUUUGAUUGCCAGAAUAAGUGGAUUCUGUAAAAACAUUUACAAAAGGUCACUAUGAAACAUUACCAAUUAAAUGGAAAGUGAUAACAACAAUAAACCAUAUGCUUCACUAACCAUACACACAGAUAUUUAAGACCUGGUUUAAUUGAGUUCCUCUGUAAUGACACCAGUGCAGCUGUAGAUAAAAGUAAUGCAUCGUUUUAAUUCAUUCUAAAGUUGAUUAAUUUGACUCGAGCAGACAUCAAUAUCGAGAUCCUCAGGGAAAAAAAAACAAGUUAAUGGUUCAUGUAUUUCUUCAUGGCAUCCGCACUUUGAUGUCUGCUCUCAGCAGUUUUUUACCUUCCAGAAACAUCCUUUAAAUCAUUCACACAAAGAUCAUCGCCUCCCAAUCACAGACAAACAGCAGGGCUUCUUUGACAGAACAUAUUUUCAAAUCUUAUUAUAAUCAUUUAAUAGUGUAUAUUAGCACUAACUUCCAAUGGGACAUCCAGACAGUUCAGUGGGAACAUUCCAAGUUUGGGAUUAUGUGGUGUUUGCUUGUCUGUUUGUGGUAUCUUCUGGUAUUGGAGUCUUUUUUGCCAUAAAGGAGAGGAAAAAGGUGUCGUCGAACGAAUUCUUAGUUGGUGGACGGCAGCUGACCUGCGGUCCAGUGGCGCUGUCGCUCACAGCCAGCUUCAUGUCAGCAGUGACUGUUAUUGGAACUCCCUCAGAUGUAUACCGCUUUGGGGCUGCAUUUAUUAUCUUUGGCAUUGCCUACACGCUGAUGGUGUUCUUCACAGCAGAGCUCUUUCUUCCUGUGUUCUACCGCUCAGGCAUCACCAGCACAUAUGAGUAUCUUGAGCUACGCUUCUCUAAGACGGUCCGUUUUGCCGCUACUCUAAUUUACACAGUGCAAACGAUUUUGUACACUGGAGUAGUGGUGUAUGCUCCAGCUCUAGCUCUUAAUCAAGUAACAGGGUUUAAUCUUUGGGGAUCCAUAUUUGCUACUGGAAUUGUCUGCACCUUCUACUGUACACUGGGAGGACUAAAGGCUGUAGUUUGGUCCGAUGCCUUCCAGAUGGUGGUGAUGGUGGCUGGUUUUCUCACUGUGCUGGUACAGGGUACAUAUAAAUGUGGUGGAAUUGGUGAAGUAUGGAAAACAGCACAGGCUGGACAAAGGCUCAAUGUGUUUGACUUUGACCCCAGCCCACUGAGACGUCACACAUUCUGGACAGUCACUGUUGGGGGCAUGUUCACAUGGCUGGGCAUCUAUGGUGUUAACCAGUCCACCAUCCAGAGGUGUAUUUCCUGUAAGACAGAGACCCAUGCUCGCUGUGCUCUGUAUCUGAAUCUACUGGGUCUCUUGUUGAUUGUCUUCUGUGGUGUGGUCUCAGGACUCAUUAUGUACACUUUCUACUCCCGUUGUGACCCCUGGACAGCUGGCUAUUUGUCAGCUCCUGACCAGCUCAUGCCAUACUUUGUACUAGACGUAUUGGGCAACUUUCCAGGUCUGCCUGGGCUGUAUGUAUCUUGUGCUUUCAGUGGGACCCUCAGCACAGUGGCUGCCAGUAUCAACGCUCUGGCCACAGUGACGUACGAGGACUUUGUGAGCCAGUGUUUCAAAAACCUCUCCAACAAAGCGGCUAUGUGGAUCAGCAAAGCCCUUUGUGUGAUGUUUGGAGUGAUCUGUACCACUAUGGCAGUAGCAGCAUCAAAAAUGGGAACAGUUUUGCAGGCUGCUCUCAGUAUCCACGGCAUGUGUGGAGGACCGAUGCUUGGUCUCUUCUCUUUAGGAAUUUUCUUCCCUUUCGCAAACACUCUGGGGGCUAUAGGAGGUCUGAUAAUGGGCAUUUCUUUGUCCUUCUGGGUGGGAGUGGGAGCCUUCCUCCAUGCUGCUUCUCCCAAUAACACUCACCCACUGCCUCUGAGCACAGAGAGCUGUAACCUACUGAACACCACAGCUACUGCAGUAACUCACACAGCCAGCUCAGAUACAGGGUCUGGGCUGGCUGAUUCCUGGUACUCCAUGUCCUAUCUGUACUAUAGUGCAGUGGGAUUUCUGGCCACAGUUAUAGGAGGUCUGCUUAUCACACUGAUAACAGGCCCCACUAAGCCACAGGAGGUGAAGCCUGGUCUGAUUCGUCCGGUGUGUAACCUGUUCUGCUUUUGCUCAGAGAAAUUCAGGACCAUGUGCUGGUGUGGUGUCAACCAUGCAGAGGACAAAGUGGAAUUGGAUGGUGUGGAUUUUGGAACAGUGUGGGAGAAUCGGCCAGACCAGGACAUUAAAAGUGAGACGAAUGGAAGCAAUCUGAGUAACAGGAUGCAGGAUGAAGCUUACAUUAAUGCAGCUUUUGUCCCAGACAGACUUUUUGACCCAGUUGGGUAUAGUCUGUCAAAACGGCUAUAACCUUGAAAAAGUAUGAAAAAAAUUAAAAAAGAGGCGUGUCGACUCAUCCACCUUAGGGCACGUUAGGGCAGGUGGAGGUGCAGGUUUUCAUUCUAGGCUUUCAACAGACUCAAGCAUGGCUUCUGCUCAAGUGGAAUGAAAAUCUGCACACACUCACUCUACAUCCUUAAACUACAAAACUACUCAGAGACACAUGCCAUUUCAUACAGGGAACAAAAAACCCACCAACCAUGUCAGUUAAAAGAUACAGUCAAUGAUUUAUUACAGAAAAGAGUGAUAUCCAAAUUUAUUCUAUAGAUGUUUUGUACUUUUUUUUCAUAGUUUUUUUUUUUUUUACAUGUAAACAGGGAUGGUGUAAACAAAACACGCUGUUGAUAUUGUUUAUGUCACCAUAUUCAUCAAGUACAAAUCAGAAUGCACUGAAUGUGCUAAUGUACUGAAACAUUCUGCAUGGUACAUAGUGGGCUCCUUACAGGUCAUCACCAGCUCACGGUGGGGUGAGAGGUCAGUGGGUGAUUACAUAUCUAAUGUUAUCUCCUUGAGUGAGUACAUAUUGCCUGUUUAACGUCAUACCCGUCAGGAGUCAUUGCAAUUGUGCACAUCGUACUAAUGCAUAAUGGAUAUUAAACUCUCUCAUAACUACACUCAGCAUUAUUGUCUCUAAGCAAUGCAAAAUAUCAUGUCAUAGCCGUCAUAGCCAUUGCUUUUGAUAUAAUACCUGAUCUGAAAAUAAAUGACACUCCACUUUUGUUCAUUCAAAUGAAGUUUGUGUCACAAUAACAAGUGCUAUUG